AUGGCCGUGCAGGAAGUAAAUACAGAGAGAAGUCAUAAAAUGAUUUCACAAAGACUUGCAAAAUGAAUAAAACAUUGUGUCAGGUGAGGAUUGAAGGCUCUGGGGGGUAGUGAACUGUUGUAGCGAUUGGCGUUAAUAAAGUAGUGGAUAUUGAUUAUAAAACCGGGGUAAAAAGGGAAUAUGUAUGGGACUUGCGUCGUUUAAAUGAGUCCGUCUGUCGGUAUUGAUUUUGAACAGAAAGAGUAAAGCAGUGGAGUUUAAGAGGGAGCAUGUCCGCACCCAAUAUAGUGUAAACAGGGGUGGCAAUCACAAAUUUUGAGAUGGCGGGAAUCCUUUACACAUGUAUUUUGACGUAUGUCAAUCAAGAAAUAAAUUUUAAGCUUCGCGGAACGGUGUACAGAUUUUUCGAUUCAUAAAUAUGAAAGUUGAUAGUGGGAAGAUACAGGAUGAUGUUAGUAAGUGGCCAUUUACGGUUCGGUUUGUUUAAAUGAGUGCAUUUUUGCCAGCUUUAAGUUCAGAUGCAUGUAUUAGGUUUUUUAAAAGUACGCAGUACAAAUAGUUUGAAUUGUACCUCAAUAUGUAUGUGCGCAAUGAGGAUCCUUUUAUUUGAACAAAAAAAUAAUAUUCAAUGAAACAAAAUGGACACAAAUUUAUUGUCAAAAUGGUGUCGAAUUUGUUCAAGUGAAUUUCACAAUGGGAUAUUUGUUUUUGGAGAAGAAGCCAGACGGUCAUUUUUACAUGCGAAAAUACGAAGAUAUUUAGCGCUGACGAUCACGUUGGAAGACAGAUUACCCAAAAUGAUUUGCGAAGAAUGCUGCAAAAAACUGGAGGCUUUCCACAGAUUUGCCACAUCGGCAUUAAAAAACCAGGACAAAAUGUCCAAAUUCGUUUGUUACAACACCAGCUACAUGGAACCAAAGCAAAACGAAAACAAAUCCCUGCUGCACACUUAUCUGACAAAGGGUAUAAAAGACAAGGAUGUGAGCCAAGAAUCCGAAGUGACCGAAAUGGAGGUGCGAAUCGACCCGAUGAUAAUCCUCCAAUGUUGCCUGGACCCAGGUGACGACGAGGACAACAUGAACGACAACAACAAUGACAAGAACCCGGACACGGAACUGAACGGCACCGAAACCGGCACCGUUGAAGCUUACCGCAGAACGCACGUACUGCCCUCGACGAAGCUGGGCUCGAAAUUGUUGAAUCUAAAUAACAUGCAUUGUACCAAAGAGACUGACAAACAGACUGAAACUGAAACAUCAUCACACACUGGAUGCAACAUGCAUCGGCAAGGUUUGGACGACAGUGACGAUGAGGGUACCGACAGUGAUAACGGGGAGGGAUCCAAAUUGACUUGUCCCAUUUGCGGGAAGCUAAUAUCCACCAAAGGCAACUUGAAGGUGCACUUGGAGACGCACAGGCCUAAAGGAAAGUAUGGUUGUGAAAUUUGUGGUAGAAUAUUUAAGACGCAGUGUAAUUUAUAUCGUCACAAGGAGUACCACGGAGGUGUGCAGUACCCUUGUGGGGUGUGCGGAAGGGUUUACCCCACUAACAGUACUUUGAGGGCUCACUCUAUUACCCACAGUGAUCUAAGACCUCACAAAUGUCCCUUGUGUGAUAAAACCUUCAAGAGAAAUCAGGAUUUAAAGUUUCACAUAAAUCAGCACACUGGAGCAAGACCCUACCAAUGUCCCUAUUGUCCCAAGGCAUUUGCCAGUUCUGGUAAUUGUUUCUCACAUAGGAAAAGAAUGCAUCCGAUGGAGGUGGAAAGAGACAGAGAAAGAGCGGCUAAAAUAAUGCGAUAAGGUCCUUCCUCAACUACUUCCAUUGAUCAAAUUUGAGGGGAAAAUGUAAAGGUUUUCAGUUUCGAAGAAAAUCACAGAUAUUUUAAUUGUGGCUGAGGUAGACCUUAUUUAGCUCCUGAAAUAUCCUUUGGUAACUGUCAAUAUUUAGCAUAUACUGAACAAUUAAUACUGCUGAAUUUUGUCCAUGUUUGUUGUAAAUUAUUGAAAAUCGCCGUUUGUCUAUUGGAACUUUUUUUUAUCGUUACACAAAUAUUUAUUUUUCUCCUAUAAAAUGACAAUAGAUUAAAAGAAGCUGAGGGAAAAAGAUUCGGCGGAUUAAAUGGCUGUUUCCAAUAAACAAUUGAUUAUAUUAUUGUGAUUAUUUGGUAGUGAUUUUAGAUAAUCUGUGAUGAACUUUUGUAUACGAGAUUUUUAUUUAAAGCAUAUAUAUGAUAAUUGUAUGUUUACUAACGUAUUUGUAGGUCGAUUAAUGUUAUUUUUUUAAUAGCAAUAACGUACUUUUUGGAAUGUCACGGUACUGAAUAUUUAUAAAGUGACACUAAAUUUAAAAAUAUGGACGUAUAGUAGCACCAAUCCUUAAAAUAAGAUGCCUUUAUUUUUCUAAAACAGUAAACGCUUGAACAGAACACAUAAAUGGUAUGUUUAUUUUUAAAUAUUCAAUAUAUCAUUGCUUCUGGUGCUAAUAUACAUUGGAUGUAAAAAUAUCAGUAUUAUACAAGUAAAGUAAACUAGAUCAAAAUGUACAUAAAGUUGUUAAAUAAAGGACUUUCAAAAUA